AAACCUAUUACCAUACACCACUACAUGUGAUUCCUCGAAUCAAAUAUACUGACUCUCAAAAAGGAAAAGUACUCUAUAUAGUUAGUCCUGAUUUGCAACACUUCCAGAAGAGACUUAUCCAACCUGUGCUUUUCAAAAAAAUUCUAAGCACAUGUGCAUUGAGCAGACUCUCUGGAGACCCGGCCGGCGUCAUUGUUGCAUUCAAAAUGUAGCGGUAUACUGCUAGCUCCAAACCUACCACGAGGCAGUGGCACCACAUUUACCAUCUCUUGAUCUUGUGCAUAGACAGAGGCAUACUACGAUCGACUCGCCGUAGCACGACCCUAGCUAGGCAUAUGGACGUGGAAGCGAGCCAGCAUGGGUCUCCGCCCACAACCACAAGCAGCAAGACGAUGCAGCGCCUCUUGGUGGCGAUCAACUGCGUGAUGCUCGGGCUUGGCGUCACCGGCGGACAGAUCCUCAGCCGCCUCUACUUCAGCAAAGGUGGACACCGGCAAUGGCUCUCCGCAUGGCUCCAGACCGGCGCCUGGCCGCUGCUGCUCCCACCAGUGGUGGCUUCCUACGUCCGCCGCCGCCGUCAGCAAAGGCGCGACCGGAUCAGCACCACCCCAGCUGCCCUCCUGCUCACCCAGACCCAGCCGCGCAUACUGCUGUCCGCCGCGGGGAUCGGGCUCAUCACGGGCGUGAGCAACCUGCUCUACUGCUGGGGGCUCGAGUUCCUGCCCGUCUCCACCUCCGCGAUCCUCGUGUCGACGCAGCUCGCGUUCACGGUGCUCUUCGCGUUCCUCGUCGUGCGGCUGCGGCUGACGGCGGCGGCGGCGAACGCCGUGGCGCUGCUGACGGUCGGCGCCGCCGUGCUGGCGCUGCACGUCUCCUCCGACCGUCCGGCGGGCGUCACCAGGAGCCAGUACUGGCUGGGAUUCGCGCUCACCCUCGGCGCCGCCUUGCUGUACGGGCUCUUCCUGCCGCUGGUCGAGCUCACUUACAAGCUGUGGGAUGCUGCGGGUGGCUGCGGCGCCGUGACGACGACGACGUACGCGCUGGUGGUGGAGAUACAGCUGGUGAUUGGGUUCGUCGCCACCGCGUUCUGCACCGUCGGCAUGAUCGUCAACAAGGACUUCCAGGCGAUCCCUCGGGAGGCGAGGCAGUACGAGCUGGGUGAGGCCCGGUACUACACGGUGCUGGUGUGGUCGGCGGUGCUGUGGCAGUGCUUCUUCCUGGGCGCGGUGGGGGUCAUCUUCUGCGUGCACACGCUGCUGGCGGGGAUCCUCAUCGCCGUGUUCAUCCCGGUCACGGAGGUGGCCGCCGUCAUCUUCCUGCACGAGAAGUUCAGCAGCGAGAAAGGCGUGGCGCUGGUGCUCUCGCUCUGGGGCCUCGCCUCCUACUCCUACGGCGAGUGGAGCCAAGCCAGGAAGGCCAAGAAGAAGCGGGAGCACGCCGCCGCGGUGGAGGCCCAGCAGCCGGCGGCACCGUGAUCAUGCAUGCAUGCAUCUGUGCUCGCUGCUGUGGACGUGACGUACGUCGUCGAUCUUCCUUCUCCCUCGUUGUACUGUCUGUAUGUGUAGGUUGUGAUUUUAUGGCGGCGGCCGUGUGGAUAUAUGGCGUCCGUACGUCCUGAUGAGUCGUCAGUCGUGCUCUUCUGUUCAGUAGGCAUUUGGGCAGUAGCGUACUGCAUGGUGCAUGGAGGUACCGUGGCAGUACAACCACGUUUGAAUAGUUAUUAAUUAGCUACGUUUGGAGUUCGUGGCAAAUCGAUCCCAGGGAAUGAUCUGAUCUGAUUCUGAUCUGAACGAAUAUAAAAAAAAACAAAUGCUUGUUUCUGUGUAUAUUUCAAUACUAUUUGUGUUGCUACA